AACUGAGAAAACGCCAAAACACCUUAAAAGGCCACCAAAAAGAAGUAAAAUAAUCUCUCUCUCUCUCUGCUCUAACCUCCCAACAAGGGAAGAGAGGAUGGAAUCUUUCGCUCUCCUGGAUCUUUCUUUUAGCGGGGUGGCUCAUUGAUCCGCCCUCGUAGGAGCCGGAGAAGAACGCGAGAAGAGAGGAGAGGAAGGGGGGGGGGGGGUGUUGAAGAUGUUCAAGUUGCACAGGCACAAGUCCGAUCGAUUGGGAGACAGGAUCGAGUUCAAAUUAUCCAAUUUCCAGGCAUUCCAGGUUCCUAAAGGAUGGGACAGGCUUUUUCUUUCUAUUAUCUCUCUGGGGACUGGAAAAACAAUUGCCAAGUCCAGCAAAACAACAGUGCAUGGGGGAACUUGUCAAUGGACUGAGAGUAUUUCAGAAUCUAUAUUUGUUUCUCAAAAUGGUGCAUCAAAAGAACUUGAGGAAUGCCAAUUUAAAAUUGUGGUUUCCAUGGGAUCAGCUAGAACUGGUUUUCUUGGAGAGGUUACCUUGAAUCUAACAGAUUAUCUAAGUUCAAGAGAUUCUGGGCCUCUUUCAUUGCCAUUGAAAAAGUGCAACUAUGGCACACUUUUACAGCUCAGGAUCCAAUGUGCCACCCCAAAAUCUAAAUCCAGGGAUGGAAAAUCUUGGAGAGAAGCAUCACAUCUUGAAGAUCUAAAUGCUAACGAUGAUGACAUGGACAACAAAUCAGAUGGAUCCGAUAAUAUGUUUAAUAGAAGUGUGGUAUCUUCAACCAGCAAUAAUUUGGGCACUAAUCCAGACGAACCUGGAAAUAGGGACAGAAGUUUCUCAGCAUCAGGGUCCCAUCGGAGUUCCGACUCGGGAGAUAGUUGCAUAGGAAAAGCAACUUUUUCUCCCAGAGACAGCUCAAAUGGGGGAGUAUACAUGGGAAGACAAGAUUCAACUGACUCUCAUGUUAGUUCAACAUAUAGUGCAGGCCCUGGUGAUGACAUUUCUAAGUCAAAUCAGUCAUCCUUCAAUUCUAGAGCCUCAGGAUCCUCCUUUAAUACAAACCAGUGGCAAGAGGCUGCAGCACAAACAUCCACGAAUGGUCUUUCUCCGUUAUCAGUAAGACCCUCUGAUUCUGCAAAAGAUCUCCUUGAAGCUGCUGAAGAAACCAUUGAGGAACUUCGUGACGAGGCUAAGAUGUGGGAGAGACAUUCUCGAAAGUUAAAGCUUGAUAUUGAGAUAUUAAAGAAGGAAUGUUCUGACAAAUCCAAACAUCACGGAGAACUUGAAAUGGAGCUUUCAGCUGCAUACACAGAACGUGAUUCCCUGAGACAAGAGGUUGAACAUUUGAAAUCAUCAUUAGAUGAGUUAAUGACAAAACAAACAAAUACUGAUACUAGCUCUGCCAAAAUUGAAAGUAUGAUCCAUGUGCAAAAGGAACUGGAAGAUGAAUUGAAGUUUCAGAAAGAAUCCAAUGCCAAUCUAACACUGCAGCUCAAGAAAAUGCAAGAUUCAAAUGUUGAGCUUGUCUCUAUUCUUCAGGAAUUGGAAGAGAUCUCAGAAAAACAGAGAUUGGAGAUAGAAACCCUAACAGAACAAAAUCAUGUAAGUGAACUUGAUGGGGAUCUGAUGAGUCCAGCAACGUCUGAUACUGACACAGAAUGGAGGAGAAGGCUAUCUCUAAAAGAGGAAGAAAUCAUUAAGUUAGAAAAGAAGCUGUCUGAUGUUCUGAAUGCUCAACACGGUGAAAUGGUUUCUACUGAAAGUCAUUCUGACCUGAUAAAGGAAAUUGAAGUUUUAAAAGCUAAAGUGCAGGAGCUAGAGAAAGACUGUGCGGAACUUACAGAUGAGAACCUAGAACUCAUAUUUAAGGUGAAGGACUUGAGCAAGGACAUCAAAGAAGGGAAGGAUUCUCCUGGUUCUAAGUCCCCUGAGUCUCAGGAUCAUAAUUCACCUGACAAUACUGAGUUACUUAAAUCACAUAUACAUCAUCUGGAGGGGGAGCCCAAGAGGAAGGAAAUGUCAACUGAAGGAUAUAUGGUUGAGCCAUCAGCAACCAUGAUCAAUGACCUCAAGAAAAGUUGUGCUGAUCUUGAGUUUGAACUACAACAAUAUAAGGAUCAAGCAUGUGAUCUUGAGAUAAAGCUUCAGAAAAGCCAAGCGGAAAUAGAAGAAAAAAACUUAGAGUUAACCGAGCUCCAACAAAAACUUGAAAACUUCCAACAUGCUGACUUGGGGAGUUUUGACGUAGUUACUGAAAGAAGAGAAACGGAAUCAUGGAGCACAUCAGAAAUGCCAAGAUUAUUUUCUGAAAUGAAUAAUCAACUUCAUAUUGCUCUCUCUCAUGUAAGGGACCUAUGCUGUGAUGGUAACUCUGUUGCAAAUAGAGAGUAUGAUAGUGAUUCUGAUUUUAAGGUUCCUAUCACCACAGAUACAAUUACUGUAAAGGAGCAGGCAGGGGUUUUGACAAAUAAGUUACUUGAGUUGAAUGCGCUAUUAAGCGGCUGCAAGUCUGUGUUUCAACAUGCAGACAUAAUGGUUGAGAAGGGUGGUGUUGAUGGAACUGAAGUAAAAGAGCAGAAAAAUAACAGUUUGUUAGAACAAGAAAUUGAAAACCUGAAGGCAGAAAUGCAAUCCAGAAGCAAGAGCAUUAGUGAAGAGUUAGAGGAAAGCAACUCUAAGAUAGAGGAGUUCAAGGCUGGAAUGUUGUUAAAAGAACAGGAAAUUGAUAUUCUGAAACAUUCCAAAAGGGAACUAGAAGAUCUGAUUUCUAAUCUUCAAAAAGAUAAAAGUCAAUUAGAAGAAGAUUUGGCAAUUGCACGUAGAGAAAACAGUAUAACCUCUAAAUCCUUGGAAGAUGUGCAUCAUGAUCUUUUGGAGCUUACUAGCACCAUUGAUUCUCAUAUGUCUGCUAAUAAGAUACUAGAAAGGAAGUCAAUUGAACUUGAAAGUUGCAAAAAUGAACUAGAGUUGAAUAUAUCUGAGAUGGAACAAGAGAACGUACAAUUAUCAGAACGUAUAUCUGGCCUAGAAGCUCAAUUAAGACAUUUAACAAAUGAAAAGGAGUCAAAAAGACUUGAACUAGAAGAUUCAAGGUCUCUUAUAAUGGAUCUUAAGGAUGAAAUUGAAAAAAAGCAAGCUGAAAUGGAAACACAAAAAGUGGAACUGAAACAAAAACUACAAGAAUCACAAAUACGGUUGUUAGAUGCACAAGAGGAAGCAGAGGUUUUAAGGAGAUCACAUUCAAAAUUACAAUCUACAGUUGAGAGUCUUAUUGAGGAGUGCAACUCUCUGCAGAAGUUAACUGAAGACUUAAGGAGACAAAAACUAGGGUUGCACGAACGCAUUACCCAUCUGGAGAUUGAAUUGGAUGAAUCACAAACAAAGAGUUCUGAUUUUUGUAAAAGAGUUGAGUUCUUGGAGGUAAAACUUUCUUCCCUGCAAAAGGAUAUUGCUUCAAAAGAGACAUCACUGCUGUCAGAACUUGAAAGUAUUUUCCAAGAGCACAAGGAACAUGCAGAGGGCUUAAGACAGGCACAUAUCAUGUUAAAUAAGAUUCAAUCAGAAAAGACAGUUGAAGUAGAGAAUCUUGAGAGAGAGAUUGCACACCUCACUGCACAGGCGUCCUCAACUCAUGAUGAACAAGAAAGAGCGGCAUUAGAUGCAGUACACGAAGUCUCCAGCCUGCGAUCAAAUAAAGCUAAACUGGAAUGUAGUCUUCAGGAGGUCAACGAGAAGGUUAAGCUCUAUGAGACGGAGCUACAAACACUGCGACAGGAGUCUAAAAAUAAGGUGCAAGGGUUAGUUGAUCUGCUUAAUGCUUCGAAACAGAGUGAGGAAAUGUUGAUGACCGACAUCAAGCAUACGAAGAGACUAAUGGAGGAUGUCAAGUCUAGUGAAGAGAAAUUCAAAAGAAUGGCAAAUGAACUGGAAUUAAAGCUUAAAGCUUCUGACUAUGAAAAACAACAAACAAUGGAAGAGAUUUCCAGAUUAAAGGUUCAGCUGCAAAAAAUAUCUCAUCUUCAGGAUGAAAUCUUGGUUUUUAAAAGUUCUCUGGAUGAGGCAAAAUUUGAAAAGGGAAAAGUUGAAGAGUUGCUGCAGUCAGUAACUGAAGAAUGUGAAGAAUUGAAAACAGAGAAAGUUUCAUUAAAGGAGAAAGUGGCAAAUAUGCAGAAGGCCUUUUAUGAUGGCGAAGAUGACAGACGCAGUAGAAUUGCCUUAGAAGAAAAGCUUCUGAGACUGGAAAGUGAUCUGACUGCUAAAGAAGCAUCAUAUGCUUAUGAAGCAGAGUUGAAGAAUGAACUUAAUCGGAUCAGGAGAACAAACAGCGAGUAUCAAAGAAAAAUACAAUCACUUGAGCAGGAAAAAGAUGAGUUAAUGAGGGAAGCUCAACUAAUCGAGAGGGAAGUGAUGACAAAAAAUGAUCAAUGUCGGGAUGGCAGAAUUUCAAGUGAGAGUGCGAUAGAGAGGCAUACUAGUGAACACCAUGAAAUGGAGAGGCAAGCACAAAAUUCUCAAAAUCGUGACAAGCAUUUCCAUGCUGGUGAAGAAAAGAUAUUGGGGGAAAAUGAGCUUCAGGAUCAUACAGAAACGCCACAAGUCAGCAAAGAAGUGGACCUUGAAUCGAAAGUCCACUUACUUGAACAUAAGCUUGCUGAAGCUUUGGAAACAAAUAACAUGUAUAAAGUGCAACUUCAGAGAUUUAUCGAUGAUGAGGGAAAAAAUCAAACUGAAGUUCUUAACAAAACUACAAGCAAUAAUGACACAAAGAUCAGUGACAAUGACAAGAUAUCAUCCUUAGAGGCAGAGUUAAAGGAUAUGCAAGAACGAUACCUCCAAAUGAGCCUCCAGUAUGCUGAGGUGGAGGCUCAGCGUGAAGAACUAGUUAUGAAGCUCAAAUCUAUGAAAAAGGAGAAGAGGUGGUUCUCCUGAACUGGAAGGCCUCACCAGGUCACUUUUCCUUCCACAAGGACACGUAGUUUUCUUUCUUUCACUUGUAUAAAUUUAUUGCUAUGUCAUUCAUAACCUUGGUCAAUUACCAUUUUUUCGGUAAUGUCUUGUAUGAAAAUUUUAUAUAAUGUAAGCAAGCAUCAUGGUGUCUAACUUAUGAUGGCAUUGAGGAAUUAGAGAAGUAUAUAGCUUAUCCACCGAGUUUAUCACAUUUCUGA